AGUAGCUCGCGAGUAGCUGGGCACGAUCGUACUUAAUCUUCAGGGACCAAAUGUCAAACUUUAGGGUGUAAAUUGAAAUUUCCUGUUCUUCUCCUUUAUGUUCACCGGAGCAGCAGUUUCUGUUGUUCCGGUCCCGUCAUUUCAAAAUUUUCCCGGAAGCUGAGCUCUCAUCUCUCCGUCGUCUUCGAAUCCAUUAGCAGGAUGGGAAGCAAAAGGAAGUCCAAGGAAGAGAAGAAGAUCAAAGAUUGAAGGAUUGAGCAUGCCAGAGAUUCGCUAAAUUCGUACUGAUGUGUUGUUUAGAUGAGGGAAGAAGUAAGAGGCACAGAACAGCUGAAGAUGAAGAAGGCAAGAAGAGCACAGAGAGCGACAGGAAAGAGAAACGACACAAACAUCGUUCUGAUAAAGAGAAGAAGAAAAAGGACAAACACAAAAGCGAACAUCAUAAACGACACCGACACUCGAAACAUGACUUCCAAGAGAUAUCCAGUGAAGACUACUUUCUGAAGAACAAUGAGUUCGCUGCCUGGCUAAAGGAAGAGAAAGAUGUCUUCUUCAGCGAUCUCUCAUCGGGGUCAUCACGGGCGCUUUUUGAAGACUUUGUCAAGGCCUGGAACAGCCAAGACCUUGAGACCAGAUACUACGAGGGAAUUGCCAGUGGCCCCCGAACAGCUCACAAUUGGAAGAUCAAGAAGUAAUCGUAAAGCUUCCAGCGGUGGACCUGUUCUUUUCUUUCUUAGUCAUCCUCUUCUGUUUCUCACACAAACUUCUGGUGAGCCUUACCAGAUGAAUAUGGCCGUUUAGUGUCCGUCUGUUCGUGUAAACAUACGAUAAACUUCUGUAGCACAGUGUUUGGUCGUCUAGCGAGGUAUUAACUAUUGGUGAGAUAGCUUGUAUAGACCCAAGCGAAAUUGAGAAUUCCUAAUCUGGCUGAAGUUGCUCAUAGUCCAACCAACAGAACUAAACUUGUCGUGAAAUAUACUUGUGAACAGAGUCUUGUACCUUA